AAUAACAUGUGAUGUCUAAAAAUAAUUUACCUGGCGUGGUAACUAAGGAGGCCAGUUGUUGGAGAUUUGGGAGACGAAUGUUGUCCCGUUCGGGUCUAAAAGUGGAUUCUAGUUGCAUGUUGAGUGUAGUGCACUUGUUUGGCGGAUGUUGAGGAAGUGGUGAGUUUGUCGUACCGUGAGAAAGCGAUCAAUGCCGCGCCGAUAUGGACGCGAUCGGCGUGUCGCACACGGAUCCGCUCGAGGACUAUGAGCUGAUACAUCGCAUAGGGAGCGGGACUUACGGCGAUGUGUUUAAGACCCGAAGCAUUAAGACGUCAGUCAUUGCUGCUAUCAAAGUGGUCAAACUGGACCCUGGUGAUGAUAUUUCAAGCAUUCAACACGAAAUAACCAUGAUGAAGGACUGCACUCACAAAAACAUUGUCGCCUAUUUCGGCAGCUACCUCAGAAAUAACAAGUUAUGGAUCUGUAUGGAAUUCUGUGGAGGAGGGUCAUUGCAGGACAUUUACCACGUCACUGGCCCUCUGAAAGAAAGACAGAUAGCUUAUGUAUGCAGAGAGACACUUCAGGGUCUGCAUCAUCUCCAUCAGGCUGGAAAAAUGCAUAGAGACAUAAAAGGUGCCAACAUUCUUUUAACAGAGAGAGGAGAUGUCAAACUAGCGGAUUUUGGAGUGGCGGCUGAGAUCAACGCAUCUGUUGCUAAGAGAAAGUCUUUCAUCGGGACGCCGUACUGGAUGGCUCCAGAGGUCGCGGCGGUGGAAAGAAAAGGCGGUUAUAACCAGCUUUGUGAUAUCUGGGCGGUGGGCAUCACAGGCAUUGAACUGGCAGAGCUGCAGCCACCGAUGUUUGAUCUCCAUCCUAUGAGAGCUCUGAUGUUGAUGUCCAAGAGCAGUUUUCAGCCUCCUAAACUAAAGGACAAGAGCAGAUGGUCCACUGAAUUCCACAAUUUCCUCAAAAUGGCGCUGACAAAGAACCCUCGCAAAAGACCAACAGCAGAAAAACUCUUACAGCAUGCUUUUGUAACACCGCUGCUCACCCGUAACCUGGCCAUAGAGCUGCUGGACACAGUCAAUAAUCCAGAUCUGCAGCAGACACACACUAUGGACGAGAGCGACCUGGAGACAUGCAGUAUGCUUCCUGAUAAGAUUCAUUCCCUAGUAAAACAUCCUGCUCAGAGAACCCUGUCUGAAGAACAAUUUGAUCAUGUAAAGUUUGGACCCCCCAUGAGAAAAGUGACAGAUCCCUGUCCUGAUCUGGGUGUGUGUGAUGACUGGAGCUCUAUUAGUGGGGACAAGGACUCACCGAGUCUGUUAGAGUGUGUAGAGGAGGCUUUGAUGGAGAGGAGUUUGACUAUAAAACGGGGCUCAUCAACUGAGCACUCGCCGGAUGAUGAGGAUAAAUAUGGCACUGUGAAGAGGGUGGUCUCAACAUCCCACUGCCCCCCUAACCAAGAAGGAAAUGCUCACUCGCCUCACAUCGGCUCCACCCCUCUAAAAGACUCCGCCUCUGACACUAACUUCGCCCUACUCAGUGACUCAUCUUUGAUGAUUGGUUCAACAGUUUCCGACAUGUCCAUCCUGACAAACUCAUCCCUUUUCACAGACUCCGCUUUUCUCAGUAAUUCCACCAGUUUGGGGUCUCUCUGCUCAACACCAACUGAAGAGAGCUCCGUCGCUCCAGAUCCCGGAGGAAACAGAAACAAUUUCCCUGCGCUUGAGCGUCCGCUCUCACCGGAAUGGAGCACCCUCAGGAGAAAAACAGAGGACGCGAAAUCUGUUGUCCAUGGACUGCCACCUACACCCCAAGUGCAUAUGGGAGCUUGCUUCUCCAAAGUGUUCAAUGGCUGUCCUUUAAAGAAUCACUGUGCUGUUACAUGGGUCCUACCGAAGACUAGAGAUCAAUACCUUAUGCUGGGUGCUGAGGAGGGUAUAUACACCCUCAACCUUAAUGAACUUCAUGAAGACACCAUAGAGAAGUUGCUUCCUCAGAGAUGCACUUGGUUGUAUGCGAUGAACAACGUCCUCAUGACCAUCUCAGGGAAGUCAUCGCAGUUGACAUCUCACAGUCUGCCGGCACUAUUCGAGCAUCGCACGAACAUGCAGCGUCGGCAGGGCCAUCUCGCCAUCAACGCCCAUCGCCUGAGCACAAGGAUCAACUCGAGAAAAUAUGCUGUGUCGGUGAAGAUCCCAGACACCAAGGGCUGCAGAAGAUGCAGUGUAGUGCGAAACCCGUACACUGACAGCGUUUUUCUGUGCGCCGCUGUUCCCACUGGUUUGAUUCUUCUCCUGUGGUACGAGCCUCUGGAGAAGUUCAUGCAGCUCAAGCACAUUGCUCUGAGUCUGCCAGAGUCUCUGCCCAUCUUUGAGCUGUUUGUACAGGAAACUGAGGAACUGCCACAGGUCUGUGUGGGUGUGUGGACCCCACCCGACAAAAGAGACACCAGCGGAAAGAUACACUUCGAUAUCAUGCAUCUAGAUGACACGCCGUACAAUCUGCCAGAUGGAGAGUCUCUGGAGGUCAAGCAAGUUAUACAACUGGACCGGGACACUGUUCUUAUCGCUCUGGAGAACACAGUGAAGGUUGUGAAUCUGCAGGGAUGUCCGAGCGAUCAGAGGACUUCUGAAAUGACUUUUGAUUUUUCUAUUCAGACACUCGUGUGCUUACAGGACAGUGUUCUUGCCUUCUGGAAACACGGUCUGAAAGGAAGAAGUCUACAAAUGAAUGAGGUUACUCAGGAGAUUACAGACAGAAGUCGAGUUUUUCAAGUUUUGGGAACGAACAGGGAUAUAAUCUUGCAAAGUACCCCAACGGGUGAUCCAUCUGCCGUGAGCAAUCUGUACAUCCUCACAGGGCAUGAAAGCAGCUACUGAUGCGACUGAGAUGCUUUGACUGUUCAGCCACAGCUGGAAACACUACAAAGGUCGAUAUCCUUCCUUUGACCACUAAAAGGGGAGAGCCACCAGGCUUGAUAAACUCAGAUCACAGAGGAAGAUCAAGAGCCGUCCAACCAUUUAAAGGACAGAAAGCAGAAAUGGUCAUGUGGACCAGAGCUUAUCUGGAGACUGAGAGGCUGAGAGAGGGAAAGUGGCCUAGAGACCUACAAGGAGAGACACACUAUUUGUUUGAUUAAUGAAUUCGUGGAGCGGCUUUGUUUCUUUUCUGAGGAAAUCUCAAGUUCACUCUUGACUUUGUUUGGGUACUGUGAAUCAUCUUGUGCUGAACAGUAAAUAUUCACUGUAAAAUAAAAUUGCUCCCUUAAAUGUUUAACUGUAAUUAAAUUGGCUGUAUAUAAUUUUUAAACUGACUAUUUUAAAUUUUGACUAGUAAUUUAAAUCUUGAGUUGAACUGCUGUAACUUAUAAAAAGUUAAAAACUUGAUCACAUCAUUUUAACAGUGUUGACCGGACUAAUCUAUGAGGAGAUUUGAGAUUGAAUUCUGUAAAACCCACAAGAACCUUACUUUAAAGUUAAAGGAAAUAAAUAAAUGUGAAUUUCUGAAAACA